GCGGGGGCUGUGGGUGUCUACGAUGUUGAAAAAAGUAAUAGCCGUAUCAAGCUUGGGCUGAAGAGUCUCGUCAGCAAAGGUACUCUGGUGCAGACCAAAGGUACUGGUGCCUCCGGCUCUUUUCGCCUGAGUAAGAAGCCUGGAGAAAUGAAAGAAAAAGCUCCCAAGAAACGAGCAGCUGCUUCCUCCAAGCCUAAGAAGCCGGCGGCCAAGAAACCUGCGAGUGCUGCCAAGAAGCCUAAAAAGGCAGUGGUAGUGAAGAAGAGCCCUAAGAAAGCUAAAAAGCCAGCGGCCGCGGCGACGAAGAAAGCAGCUAAGAGCCCCAAGAAGGCCGUUAAGGCUGCCAAGCCUAAAAAGGCGGUGGCAGCAGUGAAGAGCCCGGGCAAGACAAAGGCGGUGAAGCCCAAAGCGGCCAAGCCGAAGGUGGCCAAGGCGAAGAAGGUGACCCCCAAGAAGAAAUAA